AUGGAAGGCAUAGAAGCAACAUACGAAAAACUCAAAAUAUCGGUUCCUUCAUCCCAUGGAGUUGUCGACGUCACUGUUUUAAGAAAGUCUGGGAGACCUGCAGGUACGGGCGCAUUCAAUUCAUGAUGGUACAUUUAUGCAAUCAGAUGCAAUGCGGGUGGAGACCUGUACUAAUUGAAAGGUUUUUCCUUUAUAGAAUACCAAGUUUAUAACGGUUAUUUGGCUUCGUCGACUGUCCAUCGUCAUCACUUAGAAAAGAUAAUACUGGUGGCUUUCGAUGCAAGUAUUAUCACUAUAACGAGAGAUGUUACUGUCCUUACUCCGAACAAGUACACCGUCGACCCGGCGAGUUUAGAGGUGGAUCAGUCUGAAGUAUGGAUUGAUGCAUGA